UUGGCCCUGCUUAGAUAAAUACCAUCCAAUGUAACUAAGCUUUGGUGGGUAGAGUACUGGUGAAAUAGUCGAUGUACAUGUAAGCUGAUAUGAACACUAUCAUCAUAAAAAAAGUAAAAUAAGGUAAAUUACCUGCUACAUUGGUUGAAUCUUUUAUGUAUUUCCACUCGCUGUAUUUACGCAACUUUGUUCUUUAAAUGUAGGGAGUUUUAAGAGAUGGAACUUGUAUUGCCAUUAAAUGUCUCUCUGCUGAAUCAAAACAAGGUACUAAAGAAUUCCUGACAGAGAUUAAUAUGAUUUCAAAUACCCAACAUCCAAAUCUUGUUCAGUUGAUUGGUUGUUGUGUUGAGAGUGGCAAUAGAAUGUUGAUAUAUGAAUAUUUGAAGAAUAACAGCCUUGCCAGUGCUUUACUAGGUAAUGUUCUCAAAUGAACAUGUCAUAGUUUGAAGUUAGGAAUGUUAAAUGAGCGCAUUGAACUGAAUCUGGACGGGUUAAAAUUGUUAUUUCAGGUUCUAAUGGUAAACGCGUUGCUCUGAACUGGCCUCAGAGAGUUGCUAUAUGUUUAGGUACAGCAUCUGGUUUAGCAUUUCUUCAUGAAGAAGCCUCACCAACGAUUGUUCAUCGAGAUAUUAAGGCUAGUAACAUCCUUAUAGAUGAAAACCUUCAUCCUAAAAUUGGAGAUUUUGGUCUGGCUAAGCUUUUUCCUGAAAAUGUCACUCAUCUAAGUACGCGAGUAGCAGGAACAAUGUGAGUAGUUACAUCGAAUUUCAGUUUCAUAACAUUCGAUGUUCCUCCCCUGUCUCCUCUCAGCAAGGUAUUCUGAUGUCCAGAGGUUAUCUUGCUCCGGAGUAUGUCUUGUUUGGACAACUCACUAAAAAGGCUGACGUCUAUAGUUUUGGAGUUGUACUUGAAAUCAUAAGUGGAAGAAGGAGUAGUAAAUCAGCAUUUGGAGUGGAUCUCUUGGUUCUGGUGGAAUGGGUAGGACUAUACUUUCAGAUUUAUGAUAUUGAAGAUUCAUUAGUAAUCAGCAUUUUGAAGGUUUACGCGUUGCAGGUAUGGAAGCUAAGAGAAGAAGGACGAGUUCUGGAAAUCAUUGAUCCAGAGCUAACAGAGUAUCCAGAAACUGAAUUACUGCGGUUCAUCAAAGUUGCUCUCUUUUGCAUACAAUCAGCACCUAACCAAAGACCUAAUAUGAAACAAGUGAUUGAGAUGUUGUCCAAGGAAGUCAACCUCAACGAGAAGUUGUUAACUGAACCAGGAGUUUAUAGACCACAUAGUGGUAGUCUGCAGAAAUCAUCCUCCGCGGGGAAGAAUGGGGUACAAUCUGUAAAUCCUUUUGUAACAUCAACAAAGUUUGAGAGCUUUCAGAACGUCACCCAAAUGCUUCCUAGAUAAUGUUAUUCCUCUAACGUGGGCUAUUGAGGAGUAAAUGUAUCGUCUCUCAUUAGACUUCCUUUUUCAUACAUUUUCUCAUGUAAUGUAAAGUUGGCAGUAGCUGAUAAGGAAGAAAGAGAGACAAUCACACACAAUGAGCUACUAUGCAACUCCAAAUUUCAGAUAUGAAGAUGAAGUUUACAGCAGAGACUAUGAACACAGAACAGGAUAGAAACUUUUCUCUAUGCACAUAUUAGCUCCUAAAACUAGAAA